AUGUUCGCGAGAAGAAUAGUGAGGAUAUACCCUCAUAUACCAACAUGUACGGUCCAAAUACGUAAUGGCAAAACCUCUCUAAGGUAUCCCUGGUACCGAUAUUGUUCAUCCCAUGCGAAUGCGACCUCGGGUCUCCCACCGAAACCCCCCGCCGAUCAUCGGCAACUUGGUAUCCAACAAGAACUUUUCACCACCUCGAUAUAUAGUCCCGGCUCUCCCAUACUGCUGCCUAAUGGUGCACGGCUCUUCAAUCGUUUAGUGGAUUUUUUGCGGAAGCAGUAUGUUCGAUAUGGAUUCGACGAGGUUAUUACGCCGACCAUUUACAAAAAAGCCUUGUGGAGGAAAUCAGGUCAUUUGGAGAAUUAUAGCGACGAUAUGUAUACUGUAACGAGUACAUCGCCUCUACGAAGCGAUAGUUCUAAACCUGGCGACGAGGAGGACGAGUAUGGUCUUAAACCCAUGAAUUGUCCAGGCCACUGCCUGAUCUUUGCAUCCCAGAAACGGAGCUAUCGACAGUUGCCUAUUAGAUAUGCAGACUUCUCUCCACUACACAGAAACGAGGUAUCUGGGGCCCUGAGUGGCCUUACCCGAGUGCGACGUUUUCACCAAGAUGAUGGGCACAUCUUUUGUCGGCCGAUACAAAUUGAAGAAGAAAUCAAGAAGACACUAGACUUCGUACGCAUUGUCUACUCAACAUUUAAACUAGGUCCAUAUCGAUUAGCCCUUUCAACACGCCCAGCGGAUCAUUACAUAGGAACCGCCGAAGAAUGGGAAAGUGCAGAGAAUGCUCUUAAGAGAGCACUGGACGCGUCCGGCCAGGAAUGGACUGUGAAUGAAGGUGAUGGUGCAUUCUACGGGCCCAAGAUCGAUAUCGUGUUGAGAGACUCGGAUGGCAAGGAACACCAAACCGCUACGAUACAGCUAGACUUUCAGCUACCAAAACGGUUUGAUUUAGGUUAUUCGGCGCCAGCGCCCGACUUUGAGCGAAGGGGAGAGGUGACAACAGACCCCGAUAAACUGGCUGAGUCUGGUCUUGUAACCCCUGUUCUUAUUCAUAGAGCUGUGCUAGGCUCGGUAGAGAGACUGCUGGCUCUGCUUAUCGAACACUACGAUGGCAAGUGGCCAUUUUGGUUAAACCCGAGGCAGGUAAUGAUAGUCACUGUCAAUGACACUGAACCGGUGAUAGGAUUAGCCAAGAUGGCUCAAGAUGUCCUUAUGGGAAGACAUGGGCCAGCUGACGGUCCUGUUAUAAAUCCUUCUCAACUUGCAGUAGAUAUUGAUGAUAGCCGGCGAAGCCUCCCACUCAAAGUGCGAGAGGCCAAGUCUAAGGGUUAUAGUGUCAUCGUCACCAUCGGCUCAAAGCAAGUGCCAGAUGGCACUGUCACGGUUGACAUGUCAGGAUUGGAGAGUAGCGACAGCCAAAAAACGUCCCAGAAGCAGGACAUGCUGCCGAAAGAGUUAUUUGCGAUUCUCAAAAAUAAAGCCGACUGCUAUCAAUAA